GGCACCCUGCCCACGGAGCUGCGGCGCAAUGUGGCCCGCUAUCUGGUGCCCGAGUAUGCGGUCGCGAGGCUCAGCACCCUGAACGACCAGGUCGAUCUGAACAGCUUCAUGGCCUUUGCCCCCUCUGGCGAGGUCUGGGCCGGCAAUAUUCGUUAUGAGGGCGUCAGGUACAUCUCGUCCCUGUCCAACCGGCGCAUCAGCAUCGAGGACCGGCUCGUCUACCGCCCCGUGCCGGGACAGCUGAUCGAUACCGUAUACACCUGUCUGAACCACCUAGGCGUGGUACAGGUUGUCUUUGGCCAGUCUCGGCACCCACCC